AUGAAAACUAUACAAACAGAAGAUAAAUUUAAUGUCCUCACUAACUAUUUAUCUUUUUCCGUGUUCGACUGUAUUGCUGACAUUGAAUCAUUUGAUGGCGCUAUAGAAAUUCUCAAAAACUUAUUUUUAAAACUUAAAAAUAAAUUAUUUUCCAGACAUCAGUUAGCUUCACGUAAACAAUCAUCCGGAGAAUCUAUUGAUGAGUUUUUGCAGGCCUUACAUACACUUAGUAAAGAUAGCAACUUUAAACAGGUUUCUGCUUCAGAAUAUUGCGAAGAAUACUUUCGCGAUUUAUUUAUAAAUGGUCUAAGCUCUCAUCAUAUUCGCCGACGAGAAAACUCCAUUCUUAAAGUUACUGAGGCCUAUAAUCAAGCUCGUUCAUUGGAAAAUGCUCAAAGAAGUAAUGACAUGUUUUCACAUACAGAGUAUAGCAAUUUUGCUACAGUUAAUAAGCAUUGUGAAUAUUUUACUGAGCUCGUUUUAGUUUCUACUAAGCCUAGUGGACUUUGUUAUUUCUGUGAAAAUAAGCGUCUCCCUCAACAAUCAUGUCCUUGUUAG